CAAAUCUUCAUCGCUCAAAAAUCAAACCCUAAUCUCUAUCACUUUCCCGCAAGACAAACAAUUCUUGUAUUCGAUACUUUUCAUCAAUCACUUUCCAAAUGGCUCGGACCAAGCAAACCGCAAGGAAGUCCACCGGAGGGAAGGCUCCAAGGAAGCAGUUGGCCACAAAGGCUGCAAGGAAGUCGGCUCCGGCCACCGGAGGAGUGAAGAAGCCACACAGGUUCAGGCCUGGAACGGUGGCUCUUAGGGAAAUCAGGAAGUAUCAGAAGAGUACCGAGUUGCUGAUUAGGAAGUUGCCCUUCCAGAGGCUGGUACGAGAAAUCGCUCAGGACUUCAAGACCGAUCUUCGAUUCCAGAGCAGUGCCGUUGCAGCCCUGCAGGAGGCUGCGGAGGCUUAUCUGGUUGGAUUGUUUGAAGACACUAACCUCUGCGCGAUCCACGCGAAAAGGGUCACAAUCAUGCCUAAGGAUAUCCAGCUUGCUCGUAGAAUCAGGGGAGAGAGGGCUUAGGGUUAGUUGCUCUGUUAGUUCUGAAAGUGACACUAAUAUGUUCUGAAUCUGUUCACUGGAUGUCUUUUUCUUUAAGCCUCUUAUGGUUUUUAUGUCCAUCUCUGUUAUUUUAAAGUUAGUUUUGGCCAAAGUAGUGAUGAUUGAUGAUGUAAAUCUUUUUUAGAUUGUUGAAUGAUGAAUUGCUGUUUUUAUAUGGUUUGA